GCGGGACCCCGCGGCCCAGCGCCCUCCUCCGCACCGCGGACAGCUCUCGGCGCCCUCUUAGGGGAAAACAAAAAAAAAAUAAAAGAGCGUGCGGAACCGAAGAGCAAGAGCAGUCCUCGCAAGGUCAUCACACCCACUGGGAAGGCAGAAGUGCUCCCGAUCUUUGCGAUCGCUUUAUUGGUGUUCUUACUGCCUGCAGAAUGGGGAAACAGAAUAGCAAGCUGGCCCCUGAGGUGAUGGAAGAUCUGGUGAAGAGCACGGAGUUCAAUGAACACGAGCUAAAACAGUGGUACAAAGGAUUUCUAAAGGACUGUCCAAGUGGUAGACUGAACCUUGAGGAGUUUCAGCAGCUCUACGUAAAAUUCUUCCCAUAUGGAGAUGCUUCAAAGUUUGCCCAGCACGCCUUCCGAACCUUUGAUAAAAAUGGAGAUGGGACCAUCGACUUCAGAGAGUUCAUUUGUGCACUGUCCAUCACCUCACGAGGCAGUUUUGAGCAAAAGCUAAACUGGGCCUUCAACAUGUAUGACUUGGAUGGUGAUGGUAAAAUUACAAGAGUGGAAAUGCUGGAAAUUAUAGAGGCCAUCUACAAAAUGGUGGGCACUGUGAUAAUGAUGAAAAUGAAUGAGGAUGGUCUGACGCCUGAGCAACGGGUAGACAAGAUCUUCAGUAAGAUGGAUAAGAACAAAGACGACCAGAUCACACUGGAUGAAUUCAAAGAAGCUGCAAAGAGUGAUCCUUCCAUUGUAUUACUCCUGCAGUGUGACAUUCAAAAAUGAGCUUGUGUACAACGCGUCAUAGACUGCACAGAAGUUUAAUGUUCCAUUCAGUUUGCAGCUAUUUCCACACACACAAAAAUUUGCUUGGACUACCUAUAAAUGGACUUGCUUCUUGUGUUUGAAACACUUGUGUGCAUGAGAAUGUCAUUUGCUAAAGAAUUUUAAAAGUAUAUAUUAUAAAAAUAAACUGCCACAACGUGAUGUGUGCAAUGUCAUUUCAUAACAACCCUAUUCCUCUGAAGCCUGUGCAGCAGUCCUGUGCUGCAGUGAAUUAUAUUAUUUAUUGUUCAUGUUUUACUGAUGCUAGCUCUGUGUCUCCUAGACUGAGUAAUGUUAGUGACACUGAAUUCCCAUGGUAAUGUUAACUGUUUAUUAUAAAUCAUGUCACCAUUCUGCUGUAAAGUAGUACUGGACAGACAGAGGGGAAGAGUUCCUCAGCUCUUACGUCUGAUCCACACAUGUGCUUGUAUUGUCAGUGGAUAUAAAUGUACUUCAUUUGCAUGCCUUUUAGGUUUGCCUUAAUUCUUACCUCAUUUGCAUCCCUUCAAUCUGGAAAGAGCUAUGUCAGAGGAAUGCAGUAUAAAAAAAAAAAAAGAAAAUCCUGCUAAAAUGAUCCCUUUAAUUAAAAAUAUAUAUAAAUAUAUAUAUAAUGUUUAAAAUAUUGUUUUAUUGGAAGUUUAAAGGUUUUAUUGGAAGUGUAUUGAUCUUUGCCUGAAUUUUCAAAAGCUUCCACAGAGGUUGCAAUAUAUAUGUCCCAAAAUAAAUUUAUAACAUUUGACCUUUUCCCCUAAUUCUUAUUUCAUGUCUU